AUGAACUAUCAGAACCGUCACUACCACAAAGUAGCUCGAGCCAUCCCCACCCGAACCUCUAUCGAAGAGUUUGACUUUAAGCAAUUGUUGACUCUUGUGAACGAUUGCCUUCAAAUACACGAAGUCUGCCGAAGCAGCAGAUAUACAUAUCCUUCACUGCCGACGCGGAUUAUUGAUGUAGGAGAUGAAGUGGAUAGCCUGCCAUACCUGUUAUCGCCCGAAAACGAAAGCGGCAGGUAUGCUGCUUUGACCCAUUGUUGGGGAGGUCCGAUAUCGUGUACGACAACGGUAGGAACACUGCAACAAAGACAAAAAGGAAUACCGUUGGGAGAUAUGCCAAAAACGUUUCGAGAAGCUGUAAUCAUGACAAGACGCCUUGGUAUACGGUACUUGUGGAUAGAUGCUCUAUGCAUCAUCCAAGAUUCAGCCGAUGACUGGACACGCGAAGCACGUCAGAUGGCUGCAAUCUAUGCAGGUUCAGCGAUUACCAUCUCACCACUCAAUUCCAAUAGCAGUGCGGCUGGCAUUUUCAACUUCCAGCCUACACCAGAGAUUCAGCUUGAUAACUUAGAGUCGCCUCUCAAUAGUCGAGCAUGGUGCUUACAAGAACGCCUAUUUGCAACCGCAAUGCUGCACGUUGGGCGGGAACAGAUGUUUUUCGAAUGCCUCCACUACAACGUUGGGGAAGAUGGUUCACGAUCUCAUUGGGCAACGCAACUUCCGGCAGACCGAUAUGGCCCGCCAUCUCUGAUCGCACAUUGGUAUGGCCUUGUUUAUGAGUUCCAAAGGCGCAAUAUCACGAUGGGGUCCGACAAACUUCCUGCGAUCUCUGCAUUAGCUGCAAGAUUCCAAGAGCGCUCGGGAUUCCAUUAUGUUGCAGGAUUGUUCGAGGAACAAAUUCUGCAGGGACUGUGCUGGGGCCCAUACCAUCCCAGACUGGUCAACUAUACCACUGAAAACCCGUACCGCUCUGACAGCAAGCCUGCAAUACUCACGAGGCCAACAGAUCGGCGUAUACCGAGUUGGAGCUGGGCAUCUGUCAAUGGGACAGUGCUCUUCAAAUGCGUGUCGAAUCCGGACCUGACCCUGGUUGAGUUUGAACCGAUUGACAGGAAAUGCGUCAAUGACUUUGUGGAACCCAACCCAGACGUUGCAAUCACACUCACUGCUAAGACUGCGCGCAUGUACUAUCGAUUGCCCAAAGGCCGUGAGCAUGUUGGUGUACUUUCUCACGGGCGAGAAGAUACUGCACCUAUUGUCUUUGAUGGUUGUGUGUUGGAUGUCAAUCGUCAAACUUCUUGCGCAUGUACAGUCGUUCUUAUGGGAUAUCCUCAGUCUCAGUCCAAUUAUUGGAAAUCAAUACCUCUGACCUUGAUGAUAUUGGAGGAAGAAGCACAAGCACCUAUGUUCUCUCGUGUUGGACUCUGUACACCAGAAAUAGAGAAAGAAAGCCUAGAUGAGGUAUUGUCAGCUUUUGAGAGACGCACAAUUACUCUGAUAUAG